GAGGAAGGCUUUAUAGUAGAGAGUAAGCAAAGGGAAAAAGGGGCAAGAAAUGGGUGGGGGAAGCAGGAAAGGCACGAAACGAAAUAGAAGCCGAUGGACGGAAGCAACAAGCAAGCAAACGAAAAAAGGAAUGAAUGAGGGCCGACCGGCCAUGGUUUGGACUGGAAUGGAUCCAGCAGGCAAGGCAGGCCAUUUUCUUCUUCUUCUUCUUCUUCUUUUUGUUGUUGUUGGUGUUGUUGUUUUCACUGAAGCAAAACCAAGUAAAUACAAAUCUGUGGGAGAAGUAGAAGUAGUACCCACCCACCCUAGUGUUCUAUUUUGUUGGGUUAGCUGGCUGCAAACGUAACUUCACCUUGUUGUUGCUGCUGCUGUUGUAUGCUCUGCUUUGCUCUAUUAUCAGCUUGCUUGCUUGCUUUCUUGUUUGCUGGCUGCCUAUUUAUUUAUUUAUUUAUUAUUAUUAUUAGUUAAGACUUAAGAGCAUGCAUGCAGGACAAAGUAGCUAGAGAAUAGUUUUUUGGAGUGUGUAGAGAGGCAGGCAGGCUGGCUUGGCUUAUUCCAAUAGUUUUCCCGCUCCUCUUUUUUGCAUUGUAUCCUACGUUUGUUUGUUUUCCUCUGCUGAUGAGCACUUUCUAGUUAUAUCCGCAACAACCAUGCUUCAUCCCUUUACACCAGUAAUCUCGUGACGUAUAGCAGUAAAUAAUCACCCAUAUUCUAUCCAAUGAAUAAACCAAGUCAAAAUCGUAUUUUAAAACUUAAAAGUUUACGGUUUUACGCUUACAUAGGUCACCGAAACGCUUUUCUUCCUAUAUAAAAUUUUUCGUAUAUAAAAUCGGACUAAAUUGCGUUUUAAAACUUCUAGUUCACCAAAACGCUUUACACUUUUAUGCUUCUUGUUUACUUAAUGGGUAUUCUAUUCAUGAAAUUAAUUAUAAAAAGUAUAUUUUAAAGGUAAAUCACCAACAAUAUGAUACAUUUGAGAUUAAAAGAUACUACUAGGUAUUUGGAUGCAUUCUCAGCUUUAAUAGAGUAAUCUAAUUCACCAACUAGGCACUUCCAAAUUCAUUAGCAAAGAGGGGAAGGUGGCUUAUUGUUAAGAUCUAUGUUUAUAAACUUUUUGUUAAGAUGUUAUGAGUUGAUCUACUUUAUACAUGAAUUGCAGGUAUUUAUUAACUUAUCUAAAUUCUGUGCGCUCAUAUUUACAUAGCAUAUGUCGUACUUAACACAUUUUUACGCUAUUUUACAGUAUGCGUAAAAAACUUACGCUUUACGAUUUCAUCCAUUUUUGGCUUCUAGAUAGAAUCACAAUUUUGACUGCAUGGAUGGUAUGAAUGCGGUAACUACGUGUUUAAAGAUUAUCAAUAUUUAUUUAAAAAAGUGUAAAAAAAUAAAGAUAUUCGUUUUUAUUAAAUUCGAAAAAUUAUUCUACGCAAGAUAUUUUAAGAAAAAAUCCCAAAACGUAACUUCUUUUAGAUUCAAAAUCACGAAAAAGAACAAAAAGAAGUAUUAGAUGAAAAAUAGGUAAGUAGCAAAAUUCCACCUACCUUAUUUCGUUUUCUCUUAAUUCUAUUAGAUUUUUUUUAUUAUUAUCUUUACCAGUAGAAGGAGAAGAAACAAAUGUCUAAAAAAAUAAGCGGACUCCACUCCCUUAGCUAUAACAAAGUUAAAUAUAGUAAAUGUAUGCGACCGAUUGAGUUCCCAAUUCCGAAAUAUGAAGAAUUUCCGGAUCCGAUUGAGCAAAGUCACACUUAUUACUUGUUAGUUGUGGCUGAAAGAAAUGUUAUUGGCUGGUUGCUUGUUUCCGUGCAUGGGUUUCUUCUCCCAAAGAGUAGACCCAACCCAAAGAGAGUUGUAACAUCAAUUGCUCGCUCUACCUGUGCUGUUUUCUUGUGAUACAGAGCGAAAGGAACAAACCAACGCAAUGGAGCAUAUGAAUUAAUUAAAUAAUUAGGACGGACAGAUCAGUCAUCUAAUUAAUAAACUAAACUCUAUUGACAUUUUAGCUUCCAAAUGUGACCAUCUCAACACCAUAAUCAAUCACCCACACCACAAACACUCCCAGUCUCUCUCUCUUCUUUUCUUUCCUUUUUCUAUACUUUGAUAUUCUUUCUUUUGCUUCUCUUCAGAUUUUCAACUGCCCCACAAAGCUACUAGCUUUAGCUUUGCUGCUUGUGCAAUAAACAUAUGCUCCUCACUUCCAACUCACUCCUCUCUCUCUCUCUCUCUCUCUCCGUGAAUUGUGCUGCAUAGAUGUUUUGUUUCUGCUCCUCCUGCCUCUCCAAAUUUCUGUGCAGUAUGGGUACUUACCCGAUCACCUGAAAAAAACAUAAAAAGAACAAGUACAGAUUCAGGUGGAGGACGUGAGUGGGGUUCCUCUGUUCCAUUACCUUACUAUUUUCUGCUGCUGUAAGGAACUGGAUUUUCAUCAAAAUUCGAAUCCAUGGAGCAGCUGAAACAUGUGUGCAAAUUCUGCAGCAAGAGCUUCCUUUGUGGGAGAUCGUUGGGUGGUCACAUGAGGUCCCAUAUGAUCAACGAUGUCUCCGCUCAAACCGACGGCACUCUCGUCACCAGGAAGAAGCUUCCUUCCCUUCCUACUGCCAACGCCAAUCAUGGAAUCACGACGAAUGCAGGGUCCUACCCCGAAAACCACCGCAAGAGGAGAGGUUCCGAAGCGCACCAUGACAAGCCGUGCAGAGAUUGUGGUAAAAAUUUCCAGUCAUGGAUGUCCUUGUUUGACCACAUCAAGCUCCAUCACCACCGCCACCAAGAGGUGAAGGAGGAGGAUGAUAUUGAUGAAGCGGAUUCGGAUUCGGCUUCUUGGGACAACACGAUGAGGGCGAAGCAGAAGCUGGUCAUGGAUAUCCAGUCUGACAACGAGACCACGCCCAACAGAAAGAAGAGAUCGACCAGGCAAUUGGGGAUCGCUGCUGCUAAUUCUUCUUCAUUUUCAGCCGUUUCAGGGGUGGAGCAAGAGCAAGAAGAGGUUGCUUUAUGCCUCAUGUUGCUUUCCAGAGAUGUUCGCCAUAACGGGCCUUCCUCUUCUUCUUCUUCUCCUCCUGCUGCUGCCGCCGCCGAAUCUUCUGACAACAAUUCGCUCUUGUCGGAAUCUGCACACAAGUUCAGCUCCCUCUGCAAUGUCAAUGAAUCAACAACCCCCAAAGGUAUUGUGGCGAUGGGAUCAGAAUUGUGUGAAGAAACAACAGCUAGUGGCGGGAAGGGGAAGAAGAGGCAGCAGCAGCAAGAAUUGCUCAAGGAAGAUGCUGGUUUGGAUUCACAAGUUGUUAUUGACAGCAAAUUUGAGUGCCAUACUUGCAAUAAGGCCUUCCAUUCCUACCAAGCACUGGGAGGGCACAGAGCAAGCCACAAGAAGAUCAAAGGCUGUUUUGCUUCCAAAGCUGAAACCACCAUCACCGAUGAAACACCCAACACCACUGAUCAGCAACUGUUGACUGCUACUGAUCAAUCUCCCACCAUCAACAAACCGCCUCAUCAACAGCUACUGGUUGUCGCUUCUCCGCCAGCCAUGGCAUUGGCAGCACCAGAACCAACAAAUGUCCUUGCCACCAGAAACUCACCCAGUUCUACUCCGAAUGUGGCAAGUGGUUCAGGAGGGAAGAAGGGAAGUAGCAACAACAACAACAACAAUGGAAGCAGCAGGACACACGAGUGCCCCAUUUGUCUCAAAGUGUUUUCAUCAGGACAGGCACUUGGUGGCCAUAAGAGGUCUCACUUGGUUGGUAGUAGUGAGGGUAAAGCAGCCAAUAAUGUUCCAAUGCCCGCAGCUGCUGCUGGGAAGGUCCCCGCGAUGAAGGAUUUCUUGGAUCUCAAUCUUCCUGCUCCAGUGGAAGAGGAGACCCAGAACAACAAUGUCAACAACGCGGUGGGGUUCAAUCCGUGGUGGAGUGGUGGGAGUAGUCACAAGCAUGAGCAGCAGCCACUUGUGGGUUUGAUCUCUAACAUAUGAAAACAGAAUUUGGAUCAUCAUCAUCAUCAUGGACAGAGCAAGAGUGUACAGAUUCAUUCAUUCUUUUUACAGUUACAGGGUUAUUUUUGAAGUUACUUAUACAACAAAAUGGUAAUUAAUAUCUACUUGCUCCUCUCCUACUUAUAAGUCAUAUAUAUAUAGAUAGCACUCUUUUCCUUCUACUUUCUUGGUUAUAUCUCUGUUAUUUUUGUUUCAUUUUGCUCCCACAGGCACAAUUUUUGGUCAUAGGAAAGUAGAUACAAAAUGAAGUUGAACUUCACUU